GUUGCGUGUUCAAAUCACGUCGGGGUCAAUUAAUUUUUUUUCUUUCUUUUCCUGUUAAGAUCACGUAGGAUAUGACAUGCUAAAUUACUGCUCCUCCUAAGACAGGGUUCUUUUUUAUGGAAUAGUUGAAUAAAAAUUUGGGAGGUUGAUGCUGUUCUGGAAUUGAGGUUAGGUCGGUCAAGAUAGAGGACUGUCGAUGGUGCGAUGGCGCGGGUUAUGCUUAUCGGUCGCUCGGGAAAUUUGAAGGAAACCGACGAGUUCCAAGUCAUGGGGAAGGAAAACGAGGUGGAGCCGCCGAAGAAGCGGAGAAAAUCCGUCAGCGUCGGCGGAACUACCACAGGGACUGUUGUAAAGGAUGGAGACAUGUAUAAGACCAUAAUAAGUUACGAAGAGAAAGAGGCCAUGGAUCGAACUCCAGAGAAUGAUUACGAUGUUUUUCUGAAGACCUGUGAUAGUAUCAGAAGAGGAAUGAAUAAAAUAGCAAAGUUGAAGUCCAGUGGGGAUGACAAUGUAAAGGAAGAUAUUCGUGAGCUGCAAAUUGAGGUAUCUCUGGCGUUCAUGGAAUUAAAGAAACUUAAUAGGAUGGAGAAGUUCAGGACAAAGUUUGCAAGGGAUUCUCUUAUUGCUGCUAAGAGCAAUGUAGAUAGUCGGCAUCUACAUUUACAAAAUUUAUUGUACGAGGUCAUGCAUUUGAAGAAGGAAGUCCUAAAGUGUCUUCAGUUUAAAUCAAAAGACGAGGCAAUCGAAUUGGUAUCGGAAGCAGAAUUCUAUAAGGAAGCACCAGAAAGCAUUUCAAGACCUGCUGUAACAAAGAAUGAUCCUCAUCAGUUAAGACUGGCUCGUCUUGAGUGGGAACUAACUCAGAGAAAACAGCUUGCGUCUCUCUGUGAUGAGUUAACUGAAAGUAAAAAAGGAGUUGCGGCAAAUAUAGAGACCAAACAAUCACGCUUAGAUAAUUUAGCGCCCCAACUUCGACAGAUAUUGGAGGCAAGUAAACCUCUUCAAGAAAGUCUCGGAUUACCAUUGGAUAAAAUUAGACAAGAACACCAGAAAGCUUCAUUGCUGGCAAUGCCACUCUAUGUUUUAUAUGUGAAAGCUACAGCAUUUAGAGACGCUUAUGAUUCAUUAUUAAUGGUAAGUGUCGAAGGUGACGAGGAUGAGGCGAAGCGUACAACAUCUCAAGAUGGUCAGCAAGAAUCAGAUUCUGACAUGGAGACACAGGCAGAAAACGUUGUCGAAGAGACACCGGUUCACAAAAAGAGGCACCACAGGUUGUCAAAAGAGGCUAGACAAGAGGAGAAAAAAUCCAGGAUACUUCACAGGCAUCCACUUAGCAUUAAAAUCGUUAUCAUCAUAAAACCUGAAACAAAAAUGACAUUGCAAUUCUUCUACAUGACUUAUUUAAAAGUGGUAACGGUUGAAUCAAAACUGGACACUGAAGUGGAAGGUUUAGGAGGAAGUGGACUCGAGGAGAUGCUGAUGUCGGACUCGAUUCUACGAGAACUGUACCCAAAGGAUUUGGGCAUAGAGAGUCCGAACCCUGCGAAUAAUUAUCAAUUGAUGCGGCACAACUUGGGUCCCAUUUCAUCUCUAGGAUUAGGCAUCCCUUAUCGGUGGGCUCAGAGAAUGGCUGGUCUUCGAUUUGUCUCAUCCGAUGUUGAAGAACAGAAGCUUAGUAGCCAAAAAUUAGCGCAGCACAAUGUCGAGAACGUUCUGAAAGAGAUUAAACGACGGGUCAAAGCGAGGUUAGACCUGUGCACCGAGAUACGACAACUGGUUUCAAGGAAUUUGCAGAUUCUCGCUAGUGACUCCGAUCCGGUGCCUCAAACUGUCGCCACGUACUUGCACCACUUCACUAAUUUAUCCUGGAAGAUGUACAGUGCUUGUCAGGAAACGCAGGCUUUCUGUCAGCAAGGACUGGUCACUCCAGUCGAUAUUUUCUACGAAGCUGCACUACGAAGGAAUAAUCAUGAGCUUACUGCCCGAAUCGCCAUUAAGCCAGAUUACCCAAAGGUCACACCCUUGAUCGCUAUUUGUGCCACUCAGUCAUCACUGUUGACCAAAGAAGGCCUGCGUGACAUCGAAAGGGAGGUGAACGUCAUGUGGGAAAAGCCACCUACCUUGACGAUGCAGAUCCAACGCCUGAGAGCCUGCUAUGACAUAUAUUUAGAGACCGAAGGCAUAAUGCCACGUGACAAGAUCUUCUUUCAUCCUGUCAAAGGAAGGACUCGUGCCAGACCGUACAAGUAUUUGACACUCGGAGGUGGAAUUUUCACUCAUCGCUGAAGAUCCAGUUCAAGAUUGGUGUCACGGUGAUACAGUUUUCCAUCACAAUAGUCUCAUUCGAGGUGGUUUUAUUGUAAGUAAGCGUUCGUAUUUAAUCUCGUGAACGUUCUACGAGCACGUUCGAGGUCGAUGAUUGGACGAUCUUGCCACUGCGAUGAGGUAGGUUCGCAGAGUAUGUCUCAGUCGUAUAUUCUCUGUGGCCAACCUGUCACGCUCCCUUCGCAGUUCGAUAUUUUCCGCUUUCACAUGGUUGUACCGUUCCCAGAAUCUCUCCAUUUUGUUGAAGGGAUUCGUCGCCUGUCGGUUCAAGACUUUUAUAUAAAUUCCAUCGCCUUAUCGCCCGAAAUAAAUACUUCAUUGGAGAACUUUCA